GUUCUGAUAUCGAUGCUGAAAUGGCCUCCAAACGCUCAAGUCCACAAGCAAGUCCACCUCCCAGAAUCCAUAUCCAUUCUCUAGCCAACGAACUCCUUGCGUCCAUAUUCGCAUUUUGCGCUGAGGAAUUCCUUACAACUGACAGCAACAUCGAUGUCUACCCAUUCCUCUCUGGAACCCAUAGAUCAAAGCCGCCCCACGCAUGUUUGCCAGAGUGUCGCCAAUGGACCAGAGUACUGCAUGUCUGCCGCCGCUGGCGUGACGUAGCCCUACCCAAUCCAGCUCUGUGGGUAUCUCCCAACUUCUCUGUCGACCAAAAUUACACGCGCAAGAUGCUCGAUCUCUCCAAAAGUUCGCUUCUCGCACUGCGGCUUAAGUCUAUUGACUUUGGUCGAUGGAAAGUCUUGGAAGAUUAUAGUUGGUUUUCACGGUGCCGCGAACUGCGCCUACAACUGGGUGGGUAUGCACGACCUGAUCCCUUGAUGAGUCAGAUGACAAUCAAGCCAGCCUCUUCCCUCGAAAUUCUCUCCAUACAGCUCGACACUCCCAACCAAGGAUUCGCGAUACCGAUGCAUUGGACGGAGACAGCAUUGAAACUAAAAACGCUAGCUCUUAAGGGAUGAACAACAUUUCUU